UACCCGAUCCGUACCUGAAACACGAUUUGUACUGCGCAUGUGCGAAAACACAAGUUUUGCUCUGCGCAGGCGCACGCUUGCUGCCACUUCCUGCCACCGCCAACUUUUUACGACGUCUUGUAGUGAUAUGGAUUCUUUUGCAUUUUACACACAACUUCAAAGGUUUCUCUUAAAAGGAGAAAUUCUUGACAGUUCUACUUAUCAUCGGAAGGUGAGACGGGUGUCUCCGAAUUUUAUCAUCAAAAUGUUUUCCUCAACAGUGUGCAGGGAAUUCCAAUGUCAUCUACAUGCUGAUGUAUGCUCUCAGUACCUGUACAUCCUGCCCAUUAACAUUCACAGAGGAAGACGUGCCAUUGAUUCACCAGUGGUGGUGCAUUCAGUUGAUGGAGAGGUUUUGCCUAGAAGGGCAUGGACAGAGAUUUGCUCAUUGGACAGAAGACGCAUCCCAGCUCCUUCAGGGAACCCUUGAGCCUUUUCUUAGAGUGUCAAAAUCCACCACCAGACAGUCAACCAGCAGAAGAGUUGUGGUUGAAGAGGACACUGAUAAAGUGCAACAGCCACCCACUGUAAGACACCUGCAUAAAGCUUGGUACUGGGGAAACGAUCACAGAGACUUAUUCCGUGGUGAGGUGACAGAGCCUACUUUUCCACAGAUGAACAGUGAAGAUCAACAAAAUGCACUCAGGAAGGCCCAGGGGAGUGAAUUCCCUGAGGCAAAGGAUGCCUUUUUGUUUGUAUUUCAGUCUCAAUGUGAUAUGGAAACAUUUUUUUCAUACUGUGUCGAUGAACAAGGCCUGAAGGUCAAUGCCAUGUUCCUCAGUCAGAAAUUGUAGUAGACGAAUGAGUGGGUGAGAGAGAAAGACUGAGGGAGGGAAAAAAUGAAUUAAUGAAGAAUGGAAGCAGUGAAUUCAUUGAGUAAAUACAUGAAUAUUGUGUUUUUUGUUUUGUUUUU